GGGGACCGGCGGGGACGCAGCUGCCUCUGCCCCCGCCACCAGCGCCGCUGUCACCUCGGCGGAGGGCUGCGGGGCGCCUACGAUUGAGCUGGCGACCCUUCCAUUCUCAAGAUGAGGCUUUCCUUGGCAAUCUCCUUUUUUAUUUUCCUGUCCUUGUGGGUUGAAGAAGCGUGUUCAAAAGAAAAAUCGUCCAAGAAGGGGAAGGGGAAAAAGAAGCAGUAUCUGUGCCCGUCUCAGCAGUCACCAGAGGACCUUGCGCGUGUGCCCCCCAACUCCACCAGCAACAUCUUGAACAGGCUGCUGGUCAGUUAUGAUCCCAGGAUAAGACCGAACUUCAAAGGUAUUCCUGUUGAUGUAGUAGUCAACAUUUUUAUUAAUAGUUUUGGAUCCAUUCAAGAAACAACAAUGGACUACAGAGUGAACAUUUUCCUGAGACAGAAAUGGAAUGACCCCAGGCUCAAGCUCCCUAGUGACUUCAGAGGUUCCGAUGCGCUGACCGUAGAUCCCACAAUGUACAAGUGUCUGUGGAAGCCUGACUUAUUCUUUGCGAAUGAAAAAAGUGCCAAUUUUCAUGAUGUAACCCAAGAAAACAUCCUUCUGUUUAUUUUUCGUGAUGGAGAUGUCCUUGUGAGCAUGAGGUUGUCUAUUACUCUGUCAUGCCCUCUGGAUUUAACUCUGUUUCCCAUGGAUACACAACGUUGCAAGAUGCAACUUGAGAGCUUUGGUUAUACAACCGAUGAUUUGAGAUUUAUCUGGCAGUCGGGAGAUCCUGUGCAAUUGGAAAAAAUUGCUUUACCUCAAUUUGAUAUUAAAAAAGAAGAUAUUGAAUAUGGCAACUGUACGAAAUACUAUAAAGGCACUGGCUACUACACUUGCGUGGAGGUCAUCUUCACCCUGCGAAGACAGGUUGGGUUCUACAUGAUGGGUGUUUAUGCACCAACCCUGCUGAUUGUGGUCCUGUCCUGGCUCUCCUUCUGGAUCAACCCUGAUGCUAGUGCUGCCAGGGUACCCCUGGGCAUCUUCUCGGUGCUCAGCUUGGCCUCAGAGUGCACCACCCUUGCAGCCGAGCUUCCCAAAGUGUCUUAUGUGAAGGCCUUGGAUGUGUGGCUCAUUGCGUGUCUGCUCUUCGGCUUUGCUUCCUUGGUGGAGUAUGCUGUUGUCCAGGUGAUGUUGAACAAUCCCAAAAGGGUUGAAGCUGAAAAGGCCAGAAUUGCCAAGGCUGAGCAGGCAGAUGGAAAAGGUGGGAAUGCAGCCAAGAAGAGUACCGUGAAUGGCCCAGGGACUCCUCUUCAUAUCAGCACUUUGCAGGUUGGUGAGACCCGAUGCAAAAAAGUUUGUACUUCCAAGUCUGACCUGAGAUCCAAUGACUUCAGCAUUGUUGGAAGCUUGCCAAGAGAUUUUGAAUUAUCCAAUUAUGACUGCUAUGGAAAACCCAUUGAAGUCAACAAUGGACUUGGGAAAUCCCAGGCUAAGAACAACAAGAAGCCUCCUCCUGCCAAGCCUGUCAUUCCAACAGCAGCCAAACGCAUUGAUCUCUAUGCAAGAGCAUUAUUUCCUUUCUGUUUCUUGUUCUUCAAUGUUAUAUAUUGGUCUAUAUAUUUAUGAUAAAACAUUUCCAUUUGUAUGAGAUACAAUACCAUUUCAUUGUGACCAAUGCAAUUCAUAAUUGCUGAUCUGUGAAAACUUGGCAUUGUCAUAGCAAUAUAUUGCACUUUGGAUGCCACUUAAUUGUCAUAAAAUACAGCACCUUACUUUUGAAUGGCAGCAUGAUCCUGUAAUGUCUCUGCUCCAAACAUGAGCUAGAUAGAUAAAUGUAUGUAUAUUCAGCAUAGUAUUUUAGGAAUCAAUGAAGAGCAGGCAUACUACAUAAUCUCUAUAAUGUACUCUUCAGCUACUGCAACUCUGUACCUGCAAAUACUUCCGAUAACACUGAUGAAAACAUGGUGUGCACGCUGACUCCCGUUAGGGUGACCCUUCUAAUGUAUGUAGUGUCUUAUAUUCCCCUCCUCGUAACUGUCCAAGAAAGCCAUCUUCUCCUUACAUAUUUAUCAAUAGUAUUAUCACAGAUUAAGCAAGAUUGUAUGACAUAUUGUUUAAAGAUUUUAAAAGAGGUAGAGCAGCAAUAGUUAUGCAGGCUCAUUGAGAAAUAGAACCAAAAUUAUACAUUUAUAAAAUCAGCUUAUUUUUAAGUGUGCGUGUGUUGUCAAAAUGCCAGAUAAUAGAACAGUAAGCAUUUUUGAAGAAAAGAGAAAUCUGGGCUAGUUUAAAUAAUACUGCAUUCUGGCAUAUGACAAAGUACAAACAAAUAAAUGAUAGAUGUAUUAAUUAAAUAUUUUGGAUAAAAUAAAUGAUUUAAUCCACCCUAAGAUCUAAAUCUAUUUUCAUGCCUUUCAUUUUCUGAUAUGGAGAGCAUUAAGCGUAAGCCUUAAGAAGAGUUGCACACGUUUCCAGUCUGAAGCGAGUGGUGACAUGUGGUUCCACAGCACUGUCAGGCUCCAAGAGGAACUGCUAACAUGAACUUGAACUGGAAAAGUCGUACUAAUUGAAGAGCAUUGAAGGAUUUAGUUUGUUUGUUUUAUUAAGAUGCUUCUAUAUUUCAAGUAGUAGUCAACUCUUUUGAGAUUUUUUUUAAUUUAUAUGAAUGUAUUUGGAUAUGUUACAAAACAAUGAUUUAGUAAAUAGAGAUUUUUAUUUAAAUUCUAGACUUAACUUUUUCUUCUUGCUGAAAGUCUAGACAUUGGGGGCUGACUAACUUUAUCUUGUCCUUACCUGAAAACAACUCCUAAGUCCCAUCUUCCAAGACCCGGUUGUCUGACAGUGUGUCAGUGUAAUUGUUUAUUUAUGUCUCAGCUAAAACUGCAGCUACUGGUAACUAACAUUGUAAAGAUAAGACCAGGAAAGUAUUUUACAUUCUUUGGAGUCCUUUUGUUCUUGCUGGUGAUUUGUGUGGCCAAUUCAUGAUGUAAUGCAUUAAAAUUAUUACUUGUGCAAUUACCAUUUGCAGUUCACUGCCAAUUGAUUUAUUGAAGAUUGUUUUUACUUAAAAUAACCUCAAUAGUUAUAAAAUUCUUUUCAGUGGUGUAUAUACACUGUUGUCUUUUAGGACAAUCCAGUUAUGACCAUAUGAAUAAUCUAGCCUGGCCAUCUGAAUAAUUUUAUUAUGUCACAAAUAAAAUGCUAAUGAAUUUCA